AACGUAACCGACUAUUAUAAAUACAUAAACGAUGACUUGGCGGAUCCCCGGACGAACACGUUCUUCCUGGUGGCCAGUCCGGUGCCGGUGAUGUUCAUCAUGUUUGUUUACCACCAGUUCGUGCGUUACUGGGGACCCGCCUUCAUGGCCAACCGACCUGCUUACAAUUUAAAGAACGUCAUCAUUUUCUAUAACAUCAUCCAGAUCAUCUUAUCCGGUCUUCUAACAAUACAGUGCCUCAGAUGGCUUUAUCUACCGGGCCACUACAGUCUAUGGUGUCAGAAAAUAAACUAUGAAGACAACGAGGUGGAACGAAUGGUCAUCGACUAUGUGUGGCUAUACUACUUUAUAAAAAUCGUCGAUUUAUUUGAUACGGUAUUCUUCGUCCUCCGUAAGAAGUUUAACCAAGUAUCAUUCCUUCACGUCUACCACCACCUUGGUAUGUGCUUACUGGGCUUCAUCGGCACCAAAUAUGUACCUGGUGGACAUGGCAUCAUGUUGGGCUUCAUUAACUCUCUAGUUCAUGCAGUCAUGUAUUCUUACUACCUGAUAUCCAUCGUUCGGCCCGAAUGGGUGAGGAUAUGGUGGAAGAAGUACAUUACGCAGCUGCAAAUAUUGCAGUUCCUGCUUUUGAUUCUACACUUCGGCCACAUCAUUUUCGAACCCUCCUGCGGAUAUCCCAAAUGGGUGUCGUUUGUAUUCUUGCCUCACAACAUAUUUAUACUGUUUCUAUUUUCCGACUUUUAUAUCAAAGAGUACAUUUUAAAGAAAAAGAAGCAGGAAUAAGUGACAAUGUAUUAUCUGUACUAGUUAAUUACGAUGUAAAGAUUAGUGUAAUAAAGCAAUUAAUUUAUU